AUGUAUUUGGAACAAGAAAAAGAAAACAGAAAUAAGCCACUUGAACCUGUUAUAACGCUACUUAUAGAAUGCAAACAAUUGUCUGUUCAAAAUGCUCUUCCACAAAUAAUACAGAUACAUGAAGAAAAUUUCAAUCGAAUUCAGAAUAUAAAUACAAAAUUACUUAAUAAAAUCACUCAGUUUUUAGAACCAUUUAAGAAGGCAUCAGAUGAACUUGAGGGCGAUAAACGCCCUACUAUUCAGAAAGUUUUAGGUAAAAGGGGAUUAGAAUUUAUGGACACAAAAUUCAAACUAGCACAAGAACAUGAAAUAGCCGUAUUUUUAUUCCCAAAAUUCAAGUCAUUAAAAAUGUUUUCUGAAAUUGAUAAAGCUCGUAUUAUUGGCAAUGUUGAGUUGAAACUUUUGCGAAUCGAUUUGGAAGAAGAUAAUAGACAUAAUAAUCUUCAAGAGAUGAACAACAUUCCAGCAAGAAAUCCUUCAGGAAACUCCACCUUUUUGGAAUGGGAAGAUGACGAGAAUGAUAUAGACCAAUCAAAGAAUUAUCCUAAGUACAAAAAAGAGGUUGAAGAUUAUAAAAACAAAUACUUUGAAGUUCAAGACGAUAACAUUUUGGAAUUUUGGAAAAAUCAAAAACACAUUUUUCCACUUUUGUCUAUUUUGGCGAAGCAAAUUCUGGCCAUUCCAGCAACCAGUGCAAGCAGUGAACGGUCAUUUAGUGUUACCGGUAGGGAAUGUUUGGGGGCUUUUGCAACCUCCGCCAUCAUAAUCGAACCAUCGUUGACCCAGGAGUUUUUAAACUUAAGUUUGCUUAAAUGUGAUCAUACAUUUGAGCCGGCUCCUACGCUCUUGGCGUGUUGCACUGUUGUAGUAUCGUUCGGUGGAAGAGAUAUGCCUCCGUGGGUGACCGGCGAAUAG